UCCAUGGCCGCAAGGGCCGCCAGGGCCGCCAGGGCCGCCAGGGCCGCCAGGGCCGGGACCGGGACCCCGUCCCUUUGGCAUGGCGCCCUAUGGCGGGCCAGGUGGUCCGAGUCAGAUGGGCAUGAGACCAGGCGGCCCCGCGCCGAUGGGGUUUGGGCCUGGGGGUUUGCCCAUGGGAGGUCCGCCUAUGGGAGGUCCGCCUUUGGGAGGUCCGCCCAUGGGAGGUCCGCCUUUGGGAGGUCCGCCUAUGGGAGGUCCGCCCAUGGGAGGUCCGCCCAUGGGAGGUCCGCUUUUGGGAGGUCCGCCCAUGAGGCCGGCCAUGGGCCCGGCCAUGGGCCCGGCCAUGCAACCCAUGCCGCCGGUGGCCCCACUGAGCCACGCGCCCGCCCACUGGGGCGCCGGCGCUGGCGCCGGCGCUGGCAACCCGCUGCUGGCGAAUGCUGGGGAGCUGGGCGCAGUGCCGGCGAGCUGGGCAAGAAGCGCCCAGAACGAGGGCCACGAUGGCCACGAUGGCCAUGGGCACGAUGGCCAUCAUGACAUGUGGCUGGUGAAGCAGAUCGAGGCAAGCCCAUGGAUCUUCCUCUUCGGCGGCUUCGGGUGCCUGGCCGGGUGCUUCGCCCUGCUGGGGCUCUUGCUCCUGCUGGGCGUGCCGAUCCUAGACCCCAGGCCGAAUGACAUCGUCCCAGUUAUCCUCCGAGAGCACAUCGCGAAGAAGAGGCAAGAUGCCGGGCGCAGUGUGAAGGAGGUGGCUUUGGCGUGCCCCGGGUGCGAGGACUUGGACGAGCGCUCCGAGCGCAUGUUCUAUCUGCACAUCAUCUACGAAGUGGAGAAGGAAUCUGGGACUCUUUGGGAGACGGACAUUCUGCGAAGCAUCCAUGCGGUGGAGCAGCGGAUCUACGAAGCCAGGGGUCCCGGUCCGGACGGCAAGGAGUGGGCCUUCACCGAUGUGUGUCUGCUCGCCAAGCCCGAGGAGCAACUGAAGAGUUUGGGCAGGGAUGUGCCCUCCACGCCGCGCUGCGCCUUCGCGCUGAGCCCGCUGCUCUUCCUGGCAGACAACGUGCUGCCUCUAGCGGACCCACCGCCAUUUCAGUUGCACAAUGUCCUGCGCACCGGGUAUCUCUGGAUCAACGAGUCGCACCACGCCUGGACGGACCCGCUCACGCGCUGUGCGGUGCCACCGGAAGACACCCAGAAGGAGCAAAUGGGCAGAGUGACGGGAAGCUGGUUCAUGAAGAAGGCCACCAACUACUACGACAAGAAGUUGGGGGCCGACCCCUCUGAGGAACUCGUGGAUUCGUGGUGCACCUCGGCGUCCGGCACUCUUCCUUCGGAGAUGUCCGAUUGCGGGUGCCUGGCGCUGGUGUACAACGACGUGCAAAUGGCGCUGAACUGGGACAUCAGCCUUCAGCAGAUGUGGGACUUCGAGUAUGGCUUCAAGAAACUGAUGAAGGCUCAGGCCCAGGCCUAUGUGAAUCGCGUGCUGGAGUAUUGGACCAGCUACGACGAUGACUCGGUGGAUCUUUGCCGACUGGGCUCGGAGAAGUGCCCCUGGAAGAACGUGGACGACCCCAAGCCUAAGAACUGGGGCAAUCGCGCCUGCAAUGAUCCCGACCACCUCACUCGGCGGAGACGAAACCCAAUACUGAAAGAUACCCAGUGCGGAGACUUGAGGGGCGACUAUGGGGCUCAUGCCUUCUAUGCCCGGCGGCGGGUCAUAGACCGGGUGAUUCCCCACCCGUUUGUCAUGGCAGUGCCGAUGCCCUUCUACAACACCAUCGACAACCCGGCGCGGGGGCCGACGCAGCAGUGUGUGAACAAGAUGAUCAGCCGACGGCGUUGGAGCACCAACUCCUGCGAGUGCCGGCGGAGGAAUAGCCCCAACGACUUGCCCAAGGGCUGGGCCUGCAACGGCAACAGGAUCGCCUUCACCGGGGACAACCUAGGCACAGAGCAGCUGAUGCUCUUUCCCAAGCGCUUCCCCAACCUCUUCUCCGUGGUCGGCGACGACGACGCGGGCAGCUGCGAGAUCCGGAACUACGGGGUUUGCAUCAAGCGCAACACCCAGGUCAAGUCGCUGCACACCCUCUUCUUCUUCGGGUUCCCACUGAGGAACGUGAAUCCGGCCUGGACGGGGCUCACCGGCGACAAGGGGCGCAACGAGGCGUCCGACUACUUGAUGGAAUGGAUCUUCAACACAUUCAAUGACAUGCUGGUGCAAGAGAACAAGAAUGCGAAAGGCUUCAAGAUGUCCUUCGACGCGAACAGCCUGCAGAACGGGAGCCCGCUGCUGAAGCAGUACAUCGCCUACAACAUCCCCCGGGACGCCGUGUGGAUCACGGGGGCCAUUUUGUUCAUGCUCACCUACAUCUCCUUUACCACCGGCUCGCUGUUCCUGGGCGUCUGUAUCAUCGCGAUGAUCGUCUUCGCCUUCGGACCCGCCCUGUUGCUCUACACUCUGGUAUUUCAGCAGAGGUACAUCGGCUUGCUGCACUUGAACGGGCUCUUCAUCAUUCUGGGCGUGGGGGUGGACGAUGCCUUCGUCAUCAUGGACGCCUAUGGCCAAGAGAAGGCGGAGGCGGAGGCGGAUGGCCGGCCGACCAACUUCAGCGCGUUGAUGUCCCCGGCGGUGCACCACGCAUCGAAGGCUUGUCUGUGCACUUCGCUGACCACCUUCUUCGCCUUCUUCUCGAACGCCACCUCGGACUUCCCCUCCAUUCGCACCUUCGGAUUGUUCUGUGCGUGCCUCAUCAUCACCAACUUCAUCAUCGACUUUAGCUUCUUCUUGGCCAUCGUCUGCGCCAAUGAGCGGCUCCAGCGGAAGCCGACUCCGGCGGCUUCUCCCUCGGGAGCUGCACCUUCGUCAGAGGCCGAUUCCCUGCGGCCGAUGGAGAAGUGGUUCCACGACACCUUCUUCACAUUUGUGAAGAUGACCAAGUUCCCAUUGCUCAUCAUCUUUGCCUGCCUAGCGGCGGCAUGCAUGUGGACGGCCAGCUACGUGACCCCGGACCCGAACAUGCCCAAGGUCUUUCUGUCCUCCGACAACUACGAGAGGUUCCUACCCACACUGGCGAAGAGGUACGAGAGGACCUUCAAUCCUUUCAGAUUGAAGGUUCGCAUUCACGUGGGCAUCGACGCGGAGGAUCCCAUCGAUCGCGGCACCACCCCUGACUACAACGACUGCUUCUUCAAUUGCGCUGGGCAAAAGCCGAAGUAUUUGGACAUCUUCGCAACAGCUAGUGAGAAGUCGCCGGUCAGGACGAGCAGGCAAUGGCGUAUGCAGAAAAUCCUGUCCAAUCUUUGCGACACGCUGGAGGAUGCAGCCGAAGCAGGUGCUGAAGGCGAUCUGGCAGCUUUGCGCAUCGCCUCCGAACAAGAUUUGGGGGGCAUGCCGCCCCUAAAAUGCGUCUUCGAGGACUUCGAGCAAUGGAUCAACAUGCAGAACGCCGCGGCCCGGCAGACCAGCGCCCAGGAGGGGAAGAAGGCAUACCCUUCGAGCAACUUCUGCUGCGACAAGGAUUCAGACUUCGUCCAGUUUCUGGAAGCGCCCAUGCCUCCCAAGAACAAGAUGUACCAGUCGGGCCAAAGAAACAUGGAGCAUUUCCAGAACGAGGUCUUCUUCGACCGCGUGGAUGGGGAGCUGGUGCUGCGCAGCGUGGUCAUCGAGAUUGCGCUGAAGACCACCUGGCAGAUCCCCUACAAGGAUGGGAUCAAGCUCAACGAGCACUGGGACGAGUUCGUGGCGACCUUCGCCGCCAAGCAGGCGAAGAAGGAGAGCCUGCCAGACCUGCCAAAGGCGAUCUUUGCCACCGACAUGUUUGCGUUCCACUGGUUCUUCGUGCAAGAGGCGAUGAACGGGGAGGUCUUCGACGGGAUCAAGCUCUCGCUGUUCUUGGCGUUUCUGGUGCUGGUCUUCGCGACGGGGAACAUCGUGGUGGCCGGGAUCUCUGUGAGUUGCAUCGUGGCCAUCGUGAGCUCCGUGCUGGCCUUCGCGGUGUGCAUGGACUGGAAGACCUCCGUCAGCGAGGCCAUCAUCUACGUCAUGGUCAUCGGCCUGUCCGUGGACUAUGUGAUCCAUUUAGGAGACGCUUACUUGGAAUGCCCCGACGAGAGCAACGAGGACCGCGUCCAGUUCAUGGUCACGAAGAUGGGCGUGUCGGUGGUGUCUGGGGCGGUUUCCUCUGCUGGCGCGGCGGUGUUCAUGAUGUUCUGCAAGAGCUUGUUCCUCAUCAAGUUCGGGAUCGUGAUCUGCUUCGUGAUCUCCGUGUCGGUGGUCACCUCGCUGGUCUUCUUCUCCGCCCUGCUGCUGGUGGCCGGGCCCAGCGGCCAGUGCGGCAGCAUCACGCCGAUGCUGGUGAAGCUGGGCAUCAAGAAGUCUGACAAGCCCAGUCCGGAGAACGAGGCGGGCGGCGAAGAGCCGGCGGCGGAGAAGGUGCAGCCGCGACUCUACUCCUCGGUGGUGAGGUAUCGGAAGAGCCUGGCGCGCGCCAGCAUGGCCCAAGAGGAUGCCCGAACCCUAGCGCUGCAGCUGGCAGGUGGCGACGCGGAGUUGCAAACAAAUGUGGAGAUCGAGAUGUCGGCGGUGAAGGCUGAGCCCAAGGCCAAGUCAGGUCCGCGGGCGUCGGCAUCCGACGCGAGCGGCAAGGAUGCCUCCAGGCAAGACGACGAGAGCGACGGGGAAGUGAUGGAUCUGAGAGACUUGCGGGACAGCUGAAGCUCCCGGAGGGCCGGCUGAAGAAGCAGCCCUCUAGAGGUACCUUCCAUUUCCACUCUGAGCCCAGGGAUCCGAAACCCGGGUUGGAAACGGAUCCGGUUGUUGGAA